GGUGUUGGUGUGAAGCAGUGUUCUUCACUCAUAGCAGCAGAGAAGGCCCAGGUGGUGCCAGGAGUCAAGGCCUCUGAAACCCUGUCAUCGAGCUCUUGCCAGCUGUCCAUUACCAAAGCCGUCAUGUCUCAGCCUCGGAAACGCCUGUGCUACAUGCCUGAGGAGGACCCCGAGGACCAAAGUGAAAGGCAGAGUGACCCUGGUGCUCGGGUUCCUGUGCCUGUGGAGGAUGAUUCUUCGUCGUCCUCUUCCACUUCCUCCUCCUCUUUACCUACCUCCACUGACUCCUCUUCCUUCUCCUCUAGCUCUCCUACAAUGUCGAGCGCCCGAGAGGAUUUUACUGCUGCUGAAAGCUCAGGUUCCCUGCAGAGUCUUCAGGGAGCCUGUUCUUCCCUCCCCGCAGUAGCCUCCACUCUGUGGAGCCCAUCUGAUGAGGACCCCAAUAGGCAAGGAGUGGAGGGUCAGAGCACCUGCCAGGAGCUGCCCGAUACUGAGUUUUUGUCUAAAAGUGAGAAAGAUGAGAAGGUGACUAAUUUGGUGAAUUUCCUACUCCUGAAGUAUCAAAUGCAGGAGCCAGUGACAGAGGCAGAAAUUAUGGAUAUCAUCCACAAUUAUAGCCACUUCUCUGUGAUUUUUGAUGAAGCCUUUGAGUGCUUGCAGCUGGUCUUUGGCAUUGAGUUGAAGGAUGUGAAGCCCCCUGGCCAGGCCUAUGUCCUUGCCCCUAUCCUCGGCAUCUCCUAUGAUGGGGUGUCCAGUGAAGUCCAGGGUAUGCCCAAGACUGGCCUUCUGGUACUUAUCCUGAGCAUAAUCUUCCUGCACGGCGACUGUGCCCCAGAGGAGGAAAUUUGGCAAACACUGAAUGUGAUGGGAAUAUUGCCUGGGACCGAGCACUUUAUCUAUGGGGAGCCCAGGAAGCUCAUUUUGGAAGAUUUUGUGCAAGAGCAGUACCUGGUGUACCGGCAGGUGCCCAACAGUGACCCUCCUAGAUACGAGUUCCUGUGGGGUCCAAGGACCCAUGCCGAAAUCACUAAGAUGCAAAUCCUACAAUUUUUGAGCAGCAUUGGUGGGAAUGAUCCCAGAUCCUUCACGCAGAGGUAUGAGGAGGCUUUGAGAGAUGAGGAAGAGAGGGCCCAGGCGAGAAAUGCCACAACUAGCACCCUGGCCAGUGCAAGUUCUAGUGCCACUACUAGCUUUCCCUCCCCAGAGUAA